UAUCGAGUUCAGCUUUCAUCCUAAGUACAGGGCGGCAGAUCUCAUUCAGCUCGAAGUCAUGCGGCUCUGUUUGCUGUUUGCCGUGACAUUGCUAUGUCUCGCUCCGAAUACUGUGCACGGAGCCGACAAGAAAAAGCUCCAGAUCGGGAUAAAGAAAAGAGUAGAUAACUGUCCCAUCAAAUCCCGAAAGGGAGACGUACUCAACAUGCACUACACCGGACGGUUGGAGGAUGGAACAGAAUUUGACAGCAGCAUACCCAGAAACCAGCCUUUCACCUUCACGCUUGGAACCGGACAGGUCAUCAAGGGUUGGGAUCAGGGGCUUCUAGGGAUGUGUGAGGGGGAGAAGAGGAAGCUGGUCAUACCAUCAGAGCUUGGGUACGGAGACAGAGGGGCACCUCCGAAAAUUCCAGGUGGCGCCACACUCAUCUUUGAAGUGGAGCUACUGAGCAUUGAGAGAAGAUCUGAUUUGUAGUGGUGAAAAUGAACUGAUUGUGGAUGUAAACCAACGUGCUGUUCUGUCAUCUAGUCCUGUCACAUCGUCUGCAUUCUGACCGUAAUACAGUUUUGGUUGACAUGAGCCGUACCUGCACAGGUAAUUAACAUGAUCAGGUCUACAGCUGUUUUUUCUUUUUCUUUUUCUUGAAUCUCAGAAGUGAAGAAUUCCAAAAAAAUUAAGCAUUCUUAUCAACAUGAUUCUUUUUUCAUUGUUUUCGUACUUCUGCUCAAAAGACAGACGAUGGUAGAGUUUUAAGACCGCAGGUGUCUUCUGCAUCAUAAUUCUUUGUUUCUGUCAAGCUAAUGAUGCAGAUGUGAUUAUGAGUGAAUACAGUGCAGUGGUUUAAUUUCCAUCUCUAACUAGGUCUUAAACAUCAGGAGUUGUGUUUUUGUCACUAUUUGAAAAUACACGUGUUCAGAAUGAAUAAACUUUUGAUAUACAAAAAAAAAA